AUGAGAAGCUUUAAGUUUGAUCAAUAACAAAGCAUUAUUUCUUGCUGUUUUAAAAAGAUUCUCAGUAAUUCUUUAAAAAAUAACAGUAAAAACUAAAAUUUCAAUUAAAUAAUCAGUGUAAAAAGUCAAGGAGCAUCGACUGCCGCUUGAAAAAAAAGAGAAUCAUCAUGAAAAUUGAAGAAGUAAAAUCAACUGUGAAAACUCAAAGAAUCGCAGCUCAUUCUCAUGUGAAAGGGUUAGGACUUGAUGAAAAUGGUGUUCCAUUGCAAGCUGGAUCUGGUCUUGUUGGACAAAAAGACGCUAGAGAAGCCGCCGGCAUCGCAGUAGAUCUGAUCAAAUCUAAAAAGAUGGCUGGACGCGCAUUGUUACUUGCUGGACCUCCAGGAACAGGAAAAACUGCUAUAGCUAUGGCAAUUGCUCAUGAGUUAGGAAAUAAAGUUCCUUUCUGUCCAAUGGUCGGUUCCGAAGUCUUUAGUAGUGAAAUCAAAAAAACAGAAGUGUUGAUGGAAAACUUUCGUCGUUCCAUUGGUUUGAGAAUUCGAGAAACGAAAGAAGUUUACGAAGGUGAAGUUACAGAACUUACACCAGUUGAAACAGAGAAUCCAAUGGGUGGAUAUGGACGAACAAUCAGCAAUGUUGUCAUUGGCUUGAAAACAGCAAAAGGAACAAAACAACUGAAACUUGAUCCGAGUAUCUACGAAUCUUUGCAAAAGGAAAAAGUUGAAGUCGGUGACGUCAUUUACAUUGAAGCAAACAGUGGAGCAGUAAAACGUCAAGGAAGAAGCGACACAUUUGCAACAGAAUUUGAUCUUGAAACUGAAGAAUACGUUCCAUUACCGAAAGGAGACGUACAUAAGAAGAAAGAAGUCGUCCAAGAUGUCACUCUUCAUGAUCUUGAUGCUGCGAAUGCUCGUCCUCAAGGUGGUCAAGAUGUUCUCUCACUUGUUGGUCAACUCAUGAAACCAAAAAAGACCGAAAUCACUGACAAACUUCGAAUGGAAAUCAACAAAAUUGUUAAUAAAUACAUCGAUCAAGGAAUCGCUGAGCUUGUUCCUGGUGUACUCUUCAUCGAUGAAGUUCAUAUGUUGGAUUUGGAAACAUUCACAUAUCUGCAUAAAUCUUUAGAAUCUGCCAUCGCUCCAAUAGUAAUUUUUGCAACAAAUCGUGGUCGUUGUGUGAUUCGAGGAACUGAUGACAUCAUUUCACCACAUGGAAUUCCACUCGAUCUUUUAGACCGACUCAUGAUUAUUCGAACACAACCAUACAAAAUUUCUGAAAUCGAACAAAUUCUGAAGCUUCGUGCACAAACUGAAGGAUUGUCAAUUGAUGAUGAAGCAAUUGCAGCAUUGGGUGAGAUUGGAAAUUCGACAACAUUAAGAUAUGCAGUCCAACUUAUGACGCCAGCAUUCCAAUCAGCCAAAGUCAAUGGACGGUCACAAAUUAUCAAAGAAGAUGUUCAAGAGAUCAGCGAACUCUUCCUCGAUGCUAAACGCUCCAGUAAAUUCUUGACAGAAAGCAGCAAAUUCAUGAAGUAAAUGACUUUCCACGUUUGUUCAACUUAAUAUGAAAUAAGAUUUGUAAGAUUGAUGUUCUGAAAAUUUAAAGCAUAAAUAAAAUCACGUUUGAAAAAUAAAAGUUAAAUGCAA